AUGAAGGUCACAGUGACGGAGUGUGUCAGUGAGUCACUUAUAGAUGAAAGCACAAAGAUAUCUCCCUCACCAAGCACUGCCCGGGACACUGACUACGACACUGACUACUACACUGACUACUACACUGACUACUACACUGACUACGACACUGACUACGACACUGACUACGACACUGGCUGCGACACUGACUACUACACUGACUACGACACUGACUACGGCACUGACUACGACACUGACUACUACACUGAUUACGACACUGGCUACUACACUGACUACGACACUGACUACUACACUGGCUACGACACUGACUACGACACUGACUACGACACUGACUACGACACUAACUACGACACUAACUACGACACUGAUUACGACACUGGCUACUACACUGACUACGACACUGAUUACGACACUGGCUACUACACUGACUACUACACUGACUACGACACUGACUACUACACUGGCUACGACACUGACUACUACACUGGCUACGACACUGACUACGACACUGACUACGACACUGACUACGACACUGGCUGCGACACUGACUACUACACUGACUACUACACUGGCUGCGACACUGACUACGACGCUGACUACGACACUGACUACUACACUGACUACUACACUGACUACUACACUGACUACGACACUGACUACGACACUGACUACGACACUGACUACGACACUGACUACGACACUGACUACUACACUGACUACUACACUGACUACGACACUGACUACGACACUGACUACGACACUGACUACUACACUGGCUGCGACACUGACUACGACACUGACUACGACACUGACUACGACACUGACUACUACACUGACUACGACACUGACUACUACACUGACUACUACACUGACUACGACACUGACUACGACACUGGCUACGACACUGACUACUACACUGGCUGCGACACUGACUACUACACUGGCUGCGACACUGACUACGACACUGACUACGACACUGACUACGACACUGACUACGACACUGACUACUACACUGACUACGACACUGACUACGACACUGACUACUACAUUGACUACGACACUGACUACGACACUGACUACUACACUGACUACUACACUGACUACGACACUGACUACGACACUGGCUACGACACUGACUACUACACUGGCUGCGACACUGACUACUACACUGGCUGCGACACUGACUACGACACUGACUACGACACUGACUACGACACUGACUACGACACUGACUACUACACUGACUACGACACUGACUACGACACUGACUACUACAUUGACUACGACACUGACUACGACACUGCCUACGACACUGCCUACGACACUGACUACUACACUGACUACUACACUGGCUGCGACACUGACUACGACACUGACUACGACACUGACUACGACACUGACUACGACACUGACUACUACACUGGCUGCGACACUGACUACGACACUGACUACGACACUGACUACGACACUGACUACGACACUGACUACUACACUGACUACGACACUGACUACGACACUGACUACUACACUGACUACGACACUGACUACGACACUGCCUACGACACUGCCUACGACACUGACUACGACACUGGGACAUUACUGUACUUGCUUUUAAUUAUACUGAUAAUUUUGACACGUGACAGAACACACAUAUAUAAUUAA